AUGGCAGGUCCUCCCGGCAUGCCCGACACCCAAUUUUCCACUCCGCCAUACCACCAACACCCUUUCCGUCCCGCCUCUUCAAUGAGCGCAAACCGGUUCGACGAAGGAUAUUCCGAGGAAACGAGGAGCCAGACUGAGAACGACACCAUUAUGCGCGGCGACGCACGGCUGAGCGACGGCGAGACGGAGCCUGACGCGCCCUUUACCCUUCCGGACUGGGUCCUGGCUCUGAGCGAGAAUGAGCGAAGUGAAUUCGCGUAUGCCAUUCUGCGCUCCCUACGGACAUCAUCAAUCGCCGGCAUCGUCCAAAAGCUGAAUCCACUCCUGCAUCUCGAUCCCGUCAUACACCUUCCACCCGAAAUCACUUUCCAGAUACUCUCGUAUCUCGAUCCCGAAACAUUGUUACGCGCAUCGACCCUGUCUCGAUCGUGGAGGGAGCGGGUACUCGACAGCCCCCUGUGGAAGCUGCUCUUCAGGCUAGAAGGCUGGAACUCCAACUUUCCCCAAGUUCGCGCAUAUGAAGAGGCCCAGCGGCAGAAGCGCGCUGAAUUUAGAGAGAAGGAGCGCAAGACGCGGCAUAGAGCAUCCGAAGACACCGAUUACGGCAAGCCAUCCCACAAGAAGCGCGUGCGGGAACGACCGCUAUUCGGUGACGGACAAGCACUAGAGAACAGCAUAGACAGCACAUUAGAGCCGCUCUCCAUCAAUAGCUCAUCAGGAAGUGCCUGGGAUGAGCAACAUGGCGCAGUCGAGGCUGACAGCCCUUCCGUCAAGUCGGAGGAUAAGAUGGAGGGUAUCUCCUUCCACGGUGCAUCGCCCCUAGCCUCACCUACCGAGAUCGGGCGUCGUGAAAGAAGGCCGGGUGUCCCCAGCCUGCCUGACGAGACAUCGUUCACGACCACAUCAGGCGAAGCAAGUGGUCCUCCAAUACACCCCUCGCUUUUGCUCCCCGGACCAGACGCUAAGAUCAACUGGCAAUACCUUUACAAGCAAAAGAGACGAUUAGAAGACAACUGGAGCACCGGACGCUACACAAAUUUCCAACUUCCACACCCAAAUCACCCUGAAGAGGCUCAUACCGAGUGCGUGUAUACUAUACAGUACUCGGGGAAGUACCUGGUCAGUGGCAGCCGCGACAAGACCAUCCGGGUCUGGGAUCUCGACACUCUCCGCUUAGUUCACAAGCCGCUCGUUGGCCACUCGGCUUCCGUCUUGUGCUUGCAAUUUGAUGAGCGCCCUGAGCAAAACAUUGUUGUCUCUGGUGGUAGUGAUUGCAGAGUCAUUCUCUGGAAUUUCAAAACGGGACGCAUCAUCAAGGAGAUUGAGAAAGCACAUUCCGAGUCUGUUCUGAAUCUGAGGUUUGACGAUCGCUAUCUGGUUACCUGCUCAAAAGACAAGACUAUCAAAGUAUGGAAUCGCAAAGAGAUGAUGCCGACAGACGACACCUACCCAUCUUCGACCAUGAAGUCGGGUGCCCGAUUCCCUUCCUACAUAAUCAACAUGCAAGAACAUGUUGAGAGCCAACACCUGCACUUCAAGCCACUUCUUCCAUACAGCCUUAUAAUGACCUUGGAGGGCCACGGUGCCGCUGUGAAUGCAAUUCAAAUUCUCGAUGGACAGAUCGUGUCAGCAUCGGGGGAUAGGAGCGUCAAAUGCUGGGACGUUCGAACAGGCGCAUGUACUCGGACAUUUUCAGGUCACACCAAAGGUAUUGCUUGUGUCCAAUUCGAUGGACGCCGCAUCGUCAGUGGAAGUUCAGACGAAAGUGUACGCAUAUUCGACCGAGCUACGGGGGCAGAAGUCGCUUGUUUGAAUGGGCAUAGUAAUCUUGUGCGCACUGUACAAGCCCAGUUUGGUGAUCUCCCUGGUAAUGAGGAAGAGCUUGAAGCUGAAGCACGUGCUGUUGAUCGAGACUACUUUGAAGCGCAAGCAAAAGGCCUGGUAUCCACCCAAGGUCUAAGCAGGGCGGAGCGGCGCGCUCGUAACGCUGGCUCCCGUGACCCAUCCAAAGUCUUCGCCUAUGGAGCUAAGCUACCACCUGGUGGUGGAGGCACCAAGUGGGCGCGCAUCGUUUCUGGGUCUUAUGAUGAGACAGUCAUCAUCUGGAAAAGGGGACCCGACGGAUCUUGGGAGAAGUCUCAAACACUAUUACAGAACGACGCGGUCCGAGCUGCUGGUGGACGACCUAGGAGGCCUGUUGUACAAGCUGCAGCCAAUGCAAACCCGGCUGGCGUCCAAAACAACCAACAGGCAACUGCUCAAGGUCCUGCGCAACAGAAUCACUUCCAGGCGUUGGCGCAACAGGCCCAAGCCCAGGCCCAAGCCGCUCAGAAUCUAGCACAGCAAGCCCACGCCCUUCACGUUGCCUCACAAACAACGCACGGCACGACAAUCAACGGUGUUCCUACAAACGCAGCAGGGAACAACGCAGCCGUUCAUCCCACGAUUGCUCCUCCCGUCACUCACGGUGCUGCUGCACAACAAGCUCCAGCACCCGCGGCUGCGACCAAUGCCGCCCCACACCACCAUCAUCAUCACCAUCACCACCAUCCGCCGCAUCCACUCGCACCUCCUGUGAAUACGAACGGAACUAAUUCUCGGGUUUUCAAACUACAGUUUGAUGCGCGUAGGAUCAUUUGCUGCAGCCAGGAUCCCACGAUUGUCGGCUGGGAUUUUGCCAAUGGCGAUCGGGAUAUCAUCGUCGCUAGCCAGUUCUUCGGCGACUCUUAUUAG